AAUGAGUUGACGUAAUUGUAUAUUGCUCUGCAGCCGAAAUUAUUAAGAAAAAAAAGAAGCCUCAUUUGGCAAUAUAACAUACCAUUAAAAAAUAAUAAUUCGGCAUUUCAAAGCUAACUGGCUCAUCUCCAGAAUUAUGUUAAUACAAAGAUUUCCGAAUCACACUUUGCUUUGAUUUUAUUCCUUAUAUUAUUUCCUAAUUGUUCAUGUUUACUUGUACUGAUUUCGCACGUAUUGUUACAAUUAAUAUUCCUUGUCUUAGAAUUUGAUAUUUGCUAGGUUCGCGUGACGUAAUCAUUAAUAACCAUAUCUGCAGAUAGGAAAUAAAAAAUCCCAAAUUCAAAGUAGCAAGAAAAUUGGCAUCCAAACAGUAUUUGACCACUGUGGCUUCGGAAAUCCUCAGUAAAGUUUCAUUCAGUGGAGUUCCUGACGAAUGGGUGCUUUACGAUUAACCUGCUAUCUGCCUGGAUGUAAAAAUCUUGGCCACUUCACCACUAUAAUCUUCCGUAGAAUGAAUGUGCGGAUAUUUGAACAGAUCAGAUGUAGACCAGGCAGUCUUGUCGACGAUAUAGUACAAGAGACGAUGGAGUAAAGCACAAAUAAGAUAUAGCAGGAAAGAGCUGUGAAACAGCAUCAAUGGAGAAGUGCGUAAAAUGAGCUUGGCGCAUCAGUAUUAUUGCGGGAAUUAAAAUAGUAGAAUAACGGAAGCAGCUCACGUCUGGCCUAACGCAUUGAAGGCCUUCAAUUUUAUGCCAAAGGAUAAAAUCUUGCUGUGUUUCGAUUUGUAACUAAUUUAUUUUGACAUUAAUUGCUCCCUUCCUGGGAUAUCAAUUCUAAUGUUUCUGUCGAUAAUGACAUGUAAAAUCCCAGCUACGAAAUUGCGAAUGGCGUUUAUUGUAAAGCUUAAAUUUAGGCGACAGGUUUGGUAACUAGAAAUAUUUUUUCUCGAAGGAUAAAGAAUGUUUAAUAAAGAAAGCUCCAUGGAUCAAUGCGUCAUUGAGUCCCUUAUGUGGGGAUUGCACGAAGUGAAUGUGUGGAAGGAAAGCACAAUGACACAGCGAUUCACAAAUUAAAGAGGACUUCAGAAAUUCACCAACUCUUCCGCGUUCCAGCACGCACCGAUACCGAAAUUCGUUGUUUCCCAUAAUAUCGGUCUGAUUUCCUGGAUUAUAAUGCGCGCAGUAAUGCAGACACAUCUGACAGAAGCAAUCCAAAUAUACAAUUUUUCUAAAUUUUAAGUGACGGUAGGAAAAGCUCCUGGUAAUAACUUCUUGAUUUGGAGUUGACGAUUCUCUUAUGCGCGAACUCUUUACUUGAAAGGCAAACUCGCUUAAUCAGCUGGUGACAUUGAAAGCGUUAAAAAAAUCACUAACUCGCUUUAAUCUCCUAAAAUUAACAAAAAAAUGAUAAAGAAUAUCUACUUCAACAAGGUCUCCCUUGCUUAAUUUGUUGGUAUGGGAACAAUAUUAGACUGCAACAGACCACAAAGUGUUAAUGGAAUUCAGCCGGUCAGCUCGCAUCCUCUAGCACUUUGUGUUUAGUUCUAGAUUCCAACUACUGCAAUUAGGUUAGGCAGGUACAACAGGCAAUGAAGAAAUCUAAUGGAAUAUGAGGAAAGAUUGAAAAGACUAGGCUUGUAUUCACUGGAGUUUAGAAGGAUGAGGGGGAAACCUUAUAGAAACAUAUAAAAUUAUAAAAGGACUGGGAAAGCUAGAUGGAGGAAAAAUGUUCCCAAUGUUGGGCGAGUCCAGAACUAGGGGCCACAGUCUUAUAAUAAAGGGGAGGUCAUUUAAGACUGAGGUGAGAAAAAAACAUUUUACCCAGAGAGUUGUGAAUUUAUGGAAUUCCCUACCACAGAGGGCAGUGGAGGCCAAAUCACUGGAUGGAUUUAAGAGAGAGAUAGAUAGAGCUCUAGGGGCUAGUGGAGUCAAGGGAUAUGGGGAGAAUGCAGCACGGGUUAUUGAUAGGGGACGAUCAGCCAUGAUCACAAUAAAUGGCGAUGCUGGCUCGAAGGGCCGAAUGGCCUCGUCCUGCACCUAUGUUGUAUGUUUCUAUGCAGUUGGGUGAAACAUUCUGGACAAAAUGACAACGCGCCUGUAAUAGUUUCACCCUCGGACCAGGGUGGAUCAGCAGCACUGGAGGCCGUAACCCAGUCAGCGGGUUCAGGGGUACCUGAUCACCAAAAUAAUCGCAUAGAUGCCGAUUCUGGUCAGACAUUUCGGAUCUUUUUUUUAUCAGAAGGUGAAAUCUAUCGAUCCCAGUUUUUUUCAACGUUGGGCAAAAUUCCGGUAAAAGUCAAACAACGCGCAAUACUCUGAUCUUCUAGUUUUCCCCUCGAUAACGUAAACCCGCAUAACCUGGCAACGUUCUUGGGUGUCUGGCCUGCUCCUUCUCAGGCGUGACCAAACUAUUUCUGUAAGAUGAUGACUAGCUCUGUAAACAAUAAUUCAAAUCCAGCCAAAUCUAUGCUUUGUGCAUCAGUAACACUUCUCAGCUCUUUCAUCAAGUACCGCUGCCGAUGAAGCCGACCAUGUCCAUUACCUUCUUUGCAACCCUGUCUAUUUAUGCUCCCAUGUUUAAAGACCAAAUCUAGUUUACCCCAAUUCGCUGUCCGUUUAUUACCAUGAACAUAUCAAUUUCCCUUGUUAUUAAUCAUGUACCACAGAAGCAAUGAAGCAUUUUGUGUCCUAAGAUCCGCUCCGACGAGUUUAUAUAUUUAUCUGGUGGUGGCCUUUGAGAGAUUCCUAUUUUCUCUCCUUUACUUCCCCAUCCUCACACCUACUGAAAAACAGUCUAUUCCCAUUCUUGUUGUCGCCUCUAGUUUUUCGUGUUCAUUCGGAAUGUUUGUAAGUUUUAUUACAAUUACUCGGUUGAUAUUGAUUUGAUUACAAUUUGUUUUUUGCUAGUUUCGCAUGGUUCAGUCAAUGGAAAUAGAUUGUGUGGUUAUGGAAUAUAAAACGUGAAACCCAGCUAACUGAAGAAAGACGUAUAACUGACACCCAAUUAGUCUAUUGUGUCAUCAGAAAUCUUCAGAAAAUGUUCAAUGAGUGAUGAACAUGACAAAAGCAUUCAUUUUCAUUAAGAUUCUUUCCACGACAUUAAGAACUUGUCCCUCUCAAACGUUGCUCGGAUCAUGCACGAUGUUGAUCGUCCACUGCAAACUCCAGCAGCAGAAUUGAAAUAAGAAUUAAAAAAAUAUAUAUAUCCUGCGGUGAUACACAUAACGAUAACUAUUUUCCAUGCUUCCCACGAUAUCUGUCGGGUUUUGUGCUUGUGAAACUGAUGCAGGGAAGAUUUACAUUUUACCAUUACCUCACAAUACCCUGCGUGACGUGUUGGGUCGAGACUGGAGAAGAGUCUCGACCCGAAACGUCAUACAUCCCUUCUCUCCAGAGAUGUUGCCUGUCCCGCUGAGUUUCUCCAGCUUUUUGUGUCUAUCUUCGGAUUAAACCGGCAUCUGCUGUUCAUCCUUACACCUCACAAUGUUUAUGCAUGCACGUGUCAAUAAACCCGGCUUGGUUGGACGUGACGAUGCAUUUCACCAACAAUCAUUCCCUUUAUAGAGGUAUUUGGUUCAGCAAUUAGCCAAUCGAAAGCAUUGUGUUCACGAACACCUUCUCCGCUAUCUGGAAAGUGAUAAUCAAAUUAUGAUUAUGUCCUUUGAUCGCUAAAGUGGUCAACUUUGCUUUAAAAUUAUUUUCGUUGGAAUGGGCAUAAUCAUAUCAAAGGAAAUUAUGCAGCCGUUAUAUGAAUAUAUUUUCUUACUACCCGGAUGAGCGAUUAUAAGUGUUCCAACAACUGUAAACAAAGACGAUAUAUCCGAUAAUCUAUUUAUGAAGCAAGGAACAUUUGUUGGGAAUAUCGCGGUGCAUUCUAACAGACGGACAGAAUGUUUUAGUAAUAACCCUAUCCGGAUGUGCCUGAUGUGAUAUUCGAAGUUAAAUGUAAAACAAAGCUCCUUCUUCAAACGUUUAUUUAUUUAGGGCAUUUUAUGGUUGCACACAAUUAAAUGUGCAAGAGAGCGGUACAGCUUUAAGAAUUGUAGCUGCAGUUGUUGAAAAGAACUGGUCGUGUCGCUGUCUACCAAUGAGAAGCUCGAGUACGCAGAUGGAUCCAUUGCCCCUCCCACAUCUCCAGAAUAAAAACGCCAGACCCGACGACAGAGACGAGCUGUGCCUGCGUUUCCAUUGCCGAAACAAGCUGAGGACGAUACAUUUCCCGUCUGUUUAGAUUGGGGAUUGGAAAUAUAUAAGAUUUUUUUAUGUGGUGCGUGGACCAUUUGCACGGAUUAACCGAGGAGAGGCCUAGUCUUGGACUUUGACGGGGCGCGGAACAAUGGCGUAUCUACCGAGGUUUGCUUUCACUGUGUUUGCUUGCAUAUUUGCGAUAUGUCGACCUGGUCUUAUCUGCGGGCAAAUUCGCUAUUCUAUUCCCGAGGAAAUGGAGCAAGGUGCAUUUGUUGGGAAUAUCGCUGUGGAUUUGAGCCUGAGUGUACAUCAAUUAUCAGCUCGCAAAUUCCGACUGAGCUCCGAUGACGGAGGGCGAUACAUGAAGGUUAGUUUGGACAAUGGAAUCAUGAGUAUUCGUGAAAGAAUCGACCGGGAACGUAUUUGUGGACAGAAUGAUCAAUGUACUAUACGUUUCGAAACAAUACUGGAAAACCCUUUGGAGGUGUAUGAAGGUGAAUUGGAGAUUCUUGACGUAAAUGACAAUUCCCCCACUUUCCCGCAGAGGGGCAUUGCUUUGCAGAUGUCAGAAGCGAGUGCACCCGGUGCACGUUUCCGACUCGAGGGCGCGGAUGAUCCGGACAUUGGUACAAAUACCGUGGCCGCUUACACAAUCGGUUCGAGUGACCACUUUAGCCUAAGAACACAGAAAACCGAGAGCGGCAUUAUAAUUGUCGAAUUGCUCUUGGAGAAAUAUUUGGACCGAGAACUACAAUCAUCAUUUCAACUCUUGCUUACUGCGACUGACGCCGGAACCCCUCGGAGAUCAGCCACAACUCAGAUUCUCAUUACUGUACUGGACUUCAAUGAUAAUCCACCUGUGUUCGAUCAUGAUAUUUACAGAGGUAGCGUCAGAGAGAACGCGCCUCGGGGUACGUUGGUGCUGAAAGUCAAAGCAAAUGAUUUGGACGAAGGACUGAAUGCGGAACUGACAUAUCGUUUUAGUGAUGUUGCUUUGCGAAGAGCGCAAAAUGUAUUCAGUUUGGAACCACGCACCGGGGAGAUUCGAGUCCAAGAGCCACUAGAUUUUGAAGAAGUAAACAGCUAUUCUCUGGAUAUUCAAGCCCAGGACCACGGUUCCCCUGAAAUGACAGGACACUCCAAUGUACUGAUCGAAGUCACUGAUGUGAACGACUGUGCACCUGAGAUAAAGGUAACAUCGGCUUCCAACAAAAUCCAGGAAAAUGCGCCACCAGGAAGUUUCAUAUCCCUGAUUAAUGUGAUGGAUCGUGAUUCAGGAGCGAACGGUCAAGUACGUUGCGAGAUACAAAAGAACGUCCCAUUUCGACUGCAAAAGACAUCGAACCACUAUAAAUUAACUACGAGUGAAACGUUGGACCGUGAAGUCAUCUCUGAGUAUGACAUACUUAUUUCAGCCUGGGACUUGGGGUCGCCGUCACUUUCAUCAAAUAAAACCAUCCAGAUUGCAAUUUCAGACGUUAAUGAUAACGCACCGCAGUUCGGUGAUGCAUCCUACAACGUAUAUGUAAUGGAGAAUAACCCUCCGGGUGCAUUCAUUUUUAUAGUGACUGCAACGGAUCCCGAUCUGGAUCAGAAUUCCUAUGUUUCCUACUACGUUCUCGAUAAUCAUAUCCAAAACAUGCCAGUAUCCAGUUAUGUCACUAUUAACACAAUGAACGGUACUAUUUACGCGCUGCGUUCCUUUGACCAUGAGGAACUCAAGAACUUCCAGAUCCGUGUACAAGCCCGUGACGCAGGGGUGCCUCCGUUGAGCAGCAGCGCCACGGUGAAUGUGAUCAUCCUGGAUCAAAAUGACAACGCGCCGGUAAUUGUUUCACCUUCAGAACAAAGUGGCCCAGCAACAGUGGAGUUCGUGCCCCAGAUAGCGGGUCAAGGGUACUUGGUCACCAAGAUAAUGGCAACUGAUGCCGAUUCUGGUCAGAACGCUCGGCUCUUUUAUCAGAUGGUGAAAUCUACCGACCCUGGUUUGUACAACGUUGGACAACAUUCAGGUGAAAUCAGAACAGCGCGCAAUAUUAUGCAGUCAGAUACUGUUGUACAAACCCUAGUCAUCUUGGUUAAGGACAAUGGGCAGCCAAGCCUGACCAGCACAGUUACAAUCCAUAUUAGAGUUUUGUGGAACAGCACUGAAGGAACCGGCGAAAGCAGUACCUUGAUGAAGACUCCAGAAUAUUUAUCUGAUCCAAACGUUUAUUUAAUCAUCAUUUUCAGUUGCACUUCAGUGAUCUUUCUUCUGAUCAUCGUUCUGUUGAUUGGCAUCAAGUGUAAACAGGACAGAAUUAAUAUCCAAGAUUAUAACACCCCUAAUUAUUCUUACAAUCAUGCGGGUUCUCACGGCACGCUUAAUGCGAGAUCUGCCAUGGAGGAAACUUUACGCUAUCCUGGGACGGGCCGGCUACUCCGUUUGCAAGAGCCGAAUCAAUACUCGGUCUGUCUUUCUCCAGAGUCAGCGAAAAGCGAUUUUCUCUUCUUGAAGCCAUGCGGCGCACCCACCUCUCAAGCCCAAUUUCCGAUUUCCCGUCUGUUUGAAUUCGGGAUUGGAAAUCUAUACGAUUUUUUAUCUGGUGCGUGGACCAUUGCACGGAUUACCCGAGGAGAGGCCUGGUCUGGGACUUUGACAGGGCGCGGAACAAUGGCGUGCCUACCGAGGUUUGCCUUCACUGCGUUUGCUUGCAUAUUUGUGAUAUGUCGACCGGGUCUAAUCUCCGGGCAAAUUCGUUAUUCUAUUCCCGAGGAAAUGAAGCAAGGGGCAUUUGUUGGGAAUAUCGCUGUGGAUUUGGGCCUGAACGUACGGCAAUUGUCAGCUCGCAAAUUCCGAUUGGGCUCUGAUGACGGAGGGCGGUACAUGAAGGUCAGUUUGGACAAUGGAAUCAUGUCUAUUCGUGAAAGAAUCGACCGGGAACGCAUUUGUGGACAGACUGAUAAAUGUACUAUACCUUUCGAAACCAUACUGGCAAACCCUUUGGAGAUGUAUCACGGGGAAUUAGAGAUUCUUGAUGUAAAUGACAAUUCUCCCACUUUCCCGCAGAGCAGCAUUGUCUUGCAGAUAUCGGAAGCCAGUGCACCCGGUGUACGUUUCCGACUCGAGGGCGCGGAUGAUCCCGACUUUGGUACAAAUACCGUGGCUGCUUACACAAUCAGUUCCAGUGAGCACUUUAGUCUAAAAACACAGAGAGCCGAAGACGGUAUUAUAAUAGCCGAGUUGCUGUUAGAGAAGUUGUUGGACCGAGAGCAGCAAUCAUCCCUUCAACUCUUGCUUACUGCGAUUGACGGCGGAACCCCUCAGAGAUCAGCCACAGCUCAGAUUCUCAUUACUGUAUUCGAUAACAAUGAUAAUCCACCUGUGUUCGAUCAUGAUAUUUACAGAGGUAGCGUCAGAGAGAACGCGCCUCGGGGUACGUUGGUGCUGAAAGUCAAAGCAAAUGAUUUGGACGAAGGACUGAAUGCGGAGUUAACAUAUCGUUUACAUGAUGCUACUUUGCGAAGAGUGCAAAAUGUAUUCAGUUUGGAUCCACGCACUGGGGAGAUUCUAGUUAAUGGGCCUCUAGAUUUUGAAGAAGUAAACAGCUAUUCUCUCGAUAUUCAAGCCCAGGACCACGGUUCACCUGCAAUGACGGGGCACUGUAAAGUUGUGAUCAAAGUGAUUGACGCGAAUGACAAUGCACCUGAGAUAAGGGUAACAUCAGCUUCCAACAAAAUCCAGGAGGAUACUCCACCAGGAAGUUUCAUAUCCCUGAUUUAUGUGAUCGAUCGCGAUUCCGAAACGAACGGUCAAGUGCGUUGCGAGAUACAAAAGAACGUCCCAUUUCGACUGCAAAAGACAUCGAACCACUAUAAAUUAGUCACCAGUGAAACGUUGGACCGUGAAGCGAUCUCUGAGUAUAACAUUCUUAUUUCAGCCUGGGACUUGGGUUCACCGUCACUAUCAACAAAUAAAACCAUCCAGAUUUCAAUUUCGGACAUUAAUGAUAACGCACCACAGUUCAGUGAGACAUCCUACAACGUAUAUGUAAUGGAAAAUAACGCGGCGGGUGCGUCCGUUUCCACAGUAACUGCAAUGGAUCCUGAUCUGGAUCUAAAUUCCCAUGUUUCCUACUCCUUUCUCGAUAAUCAUAUACAAAACUUGCCAGUGUCCGCUUACCUCACUAUUAACCCAAUGAACGGUACUAUUUACGCGCUGCGUUCCUUUGACUAUGAGGAACUCAAGAACUUGCAAAUCCAUGUUCAAGCCCGUGACGCCGGGGUGCCUCCGUUGAGCAGCAGCGCCACGGUGAAUGUGAUCAUCCUGGAUCAAAAUGACAACGCGCCGGUAAUUGUUUCACCUUCAGAACAAAUUGGCUCAGCAACAGUGGAGGUCAUGCCCCAGACAGCCGGUCAAGGGUACUUGGUCACCAAGAUAAUGGCAACUGAUGCCGAUUCUGGUCAGAACGCACGGCUCUUUUAUCAGAUGAUGAAAUCUACCGCACCUGGGUUGUAUAACAUUGGACAACAUUCCGGAGAAGUCAGAACAGCGCGCAAUAUUUUGCAGUCAGAUAAUGCUUUACAAACUCUAGUCAUCUUGGUUAAGGACAAUGGGCAGCCAAGCCUGUCCAGCACAGUUAGAAUCAACAUUAGAUUGUUGUGGAACAGCACUGAAGGAAUCAGCGAAAGCAGUACCUUGGUGAAGAAUCCAGAAUAUUUCUCUGAUCCAAACGUUUAUUUAAUCGUCAUAUUCAGUUGCACUUCCGUGGUCUUUCUUUUGAUCAUCAUUCUAUUGAUUGGCAUCAAGUGUAAACAGGACAGACAUAGUAUCCAAGAGUAUAACUCGCCUAGUUAUGCUCACAAUUAUGGGGGUUCUCACGGUACGUUUAGUGGAAGACCUGCCCUGGAGGAAACUUUACGCUAUCCUGGGACGGGAAGGGUACUCCGCGUGGAAGAACCGAAUCAAUACUCGGUUUGUCUUUCUCCAGAGUCAGCUAAAACCGAUUUUCUCUUCUUGAAGCCAUGCGGCGCACCCACCUCUCAAGAAUGUCCGCGGGCGGGAGUGUUGACCCAGGCCCGCAGCCAGCUGAGGGGAGGCGCCGGCCCCAGCUCGAUUCUGCCUGUCCCGCCGCCCCGGACGUACCUGGUGGCCCCCGGACGGUACACUCGGGAGGGGACGGGGACGGGCCCAGCGGCGGCUGGAUGGUGCCAGUUCGCCCACGGCUUGGCCGAGCUGCGCUCUGCCCCUACGGGUAAGUGUAAACAGGACAGAAAUAUUAUCCAAGAGUAUUACGCCCCCAGUUACUGUUACAAUCGUGGGGUUUCGCACGGCACGUUUAAUGGAAGAUCUGCGAUGAAGGAAAUGUUACCCUAUCCUUGGACAGAGCGGGCAGUCCGCGGGCCAGAUCUGAAUCAAUACUCGUCACGGAACAUGGCGUACCUACCGAGGUUUGCCUUCCCUGCGUUUGCUUGCAUAUUUGCGAUUUGUGCACCGGGACUAAUCUCCGGGCAAAUUCGUUAUUCUAUUCCCGAGGAAAUGGAACAAGGGGCAUUUGUUGGGAAUAUCGCUGUGGAUUUGGGCCUGAAUGUACGGCAAUUGUCAGCUCGCAAAUUCCGGCUGAGCUCUGAUGACGGAGGGCGGUACAUGAAGGUUAGUUUGGACAAUGGAAUCAUGUCCAUUCGUGAAAGAAUCGACCGGGAACGUAUUUGUGGGCAGAAUGAUCAAUGUACUAUACGUUUCGAAACAAUACUGGAAAAUCCGUUUGAGGUGUCUGACGGCGAAUUGGAGAUUAUUGAUGUAAAUGACAAUUCCCCCACUUUUCCGCAAAGCAGCAUUGCCUUGCAGAUAUCGGAAGCCAGUGUAUCCGGGAUACGUUUCCGACUCGAGGGCGCGGAUGAUCCCGACAUUGGUACAAAUACCGUGGCCGCCUAUACAAUCAGUUCCAAUGAGCACUUUAGUCUAAAAACACAGAAAUCCGAAGACGGUAUUAUAAUUGCCGAAUUGAUGUUAGAGAAAUCUUUGGACCGAGAGAUGCAAUCAUCAUUUCAACUCAUGCUUACUGCGUUUGACGGCGGGGCCCCUCAGAGAUCAGCUACGACACAGGUUCUGAUUACGGUAUUCGACCAGAACGAUAAUCCACCUGUGUUCGACCAUGAUAUUUACAGAAGCAGCGUAAGUGAGAAUGCGUCGCGGGGUACGUUGGUGCUGAAAGUGCAAGCAAAUGAUUUGGACGAAGGACUGAAUGCGGAGCUGACAUAUCGUUUCAAUUAUGUUGUUUUGCGAGCAGUGCAACAUGUAUUCAGUUUGGAUCCACGCACUGGGGAGAUUCGAGUUCAAGGGCCUUUAGAUUUUGAGGAAGUAAACACCUAUUCUCUCGAUAUUCGAGCCCAGGACCACGGUUCCCCGGCAAUGACAGGACACUCCAAAAUAUUGAUCAAAGUCAUUGACGUGAACGACAACGCACCCGAGGUAAAGGUAACAUCAGCUUCCAACACAAUCCAGGAAAAUACUCCAUCAGGAAGUUUCAUAUCCCAGAUUUAUGUGAUCGAUCGCGAUUCCGCAGCUAACGGCCAAGUGCGUUGCGAGAUACAAAAGAACGUCCCAUUUCGACUGCAAAAGACAUCGAACCACUAUAAAUUAGUCACCAGUGAAACGUUGGACCGUGAGGCGAUCUCUAAGUAUAACAUUGUAAUUUCAGCCUGGGACUUGGGAUCGCCUUCUCUAACAUCAAAUAAGACCAUCCAGAUUGCUAUUUCGGACGUAAAUGACAACGCACCGCAAUUCGCGGAGUCAUUCUACAACGUAUAUGUAAUGGAGAAUAACGCGCCGGGUGUAUCCAUUUUCACAGUAACUGCAACAGAUCACGAUCUGGAUCAAAAUUCCUACCUUUCCUACUCCUUUCUCGAUAAUCAUAUCCAAAACAUGCCAGUAUCCACUUACCUCUCCAUUAAUCCAAUGAACGGUACUAUUUACGCACUGCGUUUCUUUGACUAUGAGGAACUCAAGAACUUCCAGAUCCAUGUACAGGCCCGUGACGCCGGGCUGCCUCCGUUGAGCAGCAGCGUCACGGUGAAUGUGAUCAUCCUGGAUCAAAAUGACAACGCGCCGGUAAUCAUUUCACCUUCAGAACUGAGUGAAUCGGCGGCAGUGGAUACCGUACCCCGGUCAGCGGGUCAAGGGUACUUGGUCAGCAAGAUAAUGGCAACUGAUGCAGAUUCUGGUCAGAACGCACGGCUCUUUUAUCAGAUAGUGAAAUCUACCGACCCCGGUUUGUACAACGUUGGACAACGUUCCGGAGAAGUCAGAACAGCGCGCAAUAUUUUCCAGUCAGAUACUGCUUUACAAACUCUAGUCAUCUUGGUUAAGGACAAUGGGCAGCCAAGCCUGUCCAGCACAGUUACAAUGAACAUUAGAGUUUUGGGAAACAGCAGUGAAGGAAUCAGCGAAAGCAGUACCUUGGUGAAGACGCCAGAAUAUUUAUCUGAUCCAAACGUUUAUUUAAUCGUCAUUUUCAGUUGCACUUCCGUGGUCUUUCUUCUGAUCAUCAUUCUGUUGAUUGUCAUCAAGUGUAAACAGGACAGAAAUAUUAUCCAAGAGUAUAACACCCCUAGUUAUUGUUACAAUCAUGGGGUUUCGCACGGCACGUUUAAUGGAAGACCAGCUAUGGAGGAAACAUUGUGUUAUCCUGGGACGGGACGGGUAGUCCGGGGGGCAGAACUGAAUCAAUACUCAGUCUGUCUGUCUCCAGAGUCAGCGAAAAGCGAUUUUCUCUUCCUGAAGCCACGCGACGCUCCCACCUCUCAAGCCCAAAGCUGAAUAACACUGGUACGUAAAUUGAAGAAUGGCAAUUUAUAUGCGGCCAUUUUAUUGCUGCUGGAGGAUGUGAAUCAGUGCGAGUGCAUUGUUUAGAAAACUUACCCUUGUUGCAUUGUUUUUCUCUGUCGCUUAAAUGGGAGUACGGUUGUAAUUGAAAAAAAUAAAA